CACCGAUGUAGUCACUGCCUUAGACAGCCGGGGAAAGCAGCGGCACAGGAGUGAAGCCAGGAGACACUCGCACACUCACACACACAGAGGCACAGACAGGCAGACAGACAGACUCGCCGCCGCUGCUCGCCCGAGGAAUUAACGCCUUCAACCCGAGAUGAAGCUCAUAUCAGCACUACUCGUCCUCGCACUCUCCCUCGCCGAGGCUACGAGCUGCGGGCCCGAGUGCCGCUGCCCCCGGGAGGAGCCGCGCUGCGCCGCCGGGGUGAGGCCGGUGUUGGACGGCUGCGGCUGUUGCCGCGUGUGUCCCCGGCAGCUGAACGACGACUGCAGCACCCGCUUGCCUUGCGACCACAGCCGCGGCCUGGAGUGCAACUACGGAGCGAGUCACAGCGCCCAACAAGGCAUCUGCAGAGCCAAGUUGGAAGGACGACCAUGCGAGUACAACAGUCGUAUUUACCAGAACGGAGAGAUCUUCCAGCCCAAUUGCAAGCACCAGUGCACGUGUAUGGAUGGGGCGGUGGGCUGCCUGCCCCUCUGCUCCCAGGAGCUCUCACUGCCCGACCUGGGCUGCCCCAACCCCAGGCUGAUCAAAGUACCAGGCCACUGCUGUGAGGAGUGGACUUGUGACGGGGGCAAAGAACGGCACCACCUCUCUCCCUACACCAACCAGCUCCUCCAUCUGCUCAAGAAGAGGGUCAAGAACCUGCCUGUGUGGAAAGCCAAGUGCUUUGUUCAGACGACGGAAUGGUCCCCGUGUUCGAGGUCGUGCGGGAUCGGCAUCGCCACCAGAGUCACCAACGACAACCCCAGCUGCAAACUGCGCAAGGAGUCCAGGAUCUGCGACAUCAGGCCCUGCGACCAGCCCUCACUUCCCCACCUCAAGAAAGGGAAGAAGUGCCUGCGCACGCGGAGAUCGGACACAGCGACGCAUUUCAGCUACGCCGGCUGCACGAGUGUGAAGCGCUACCGCACCAAGCACUGCGGCUCGUGCGUGGAUGGGCGCUGCUGCACGCCGCAGCAGACCCGCACCGUCCCAGUGCGAUUCCGGUGUGACGACGGGGAGAGCUUCAGCAAGGACAUGAUGAUGAUCCAGUCAUGCAGAUGCCAGCGCCGCUGCCCACUAGACAACGAGGUGUCCAGCCCCCACGUCAUGCUGCACAACGACAUACACAAGUUCCUGGAUUGACAUCCCGCACUGGCUGCACCAGGAGUGGUCAACCACUGACCAGCGGACAGUCAUGGACACCAGCUCACACACUACAGCCACUCCCCCUCCCUCCCUCUCUGCCUACAGUCCUGUCACAUGGCAGCCACAGAUACGGUAGACACUCUGAACCUUCCUCCCAUGGGGGGGGGGGGGGCAUGGCAAAGACUAAGAGGGCAGAGCUUUAAAGGGGAUGUGCGGGGCAAGUUUUACUGCUGGGUGCCUGGAACGUGGUGCCGGAUGUGAAGAUAUGACAGUGGUGUUUAAGGGGCUUGUAGAUAGGCACGUGGUUAUGGAUCACGUGCAGACAGCUCAGAGUUGGUCUUUGCUGGAUCAUUGUGUGUAUUAGGGCCUGCCCCUGUUCUAGUGUCUGUGUGUGGAGGUGGCACUACCCGCCGCACCCAUUUGCCCACCACGUCUACUGAAGUUGACGGUUGAGGUGGGAUGGCAUUUGCACAACGUUCAUGCCACAGGGACCAGGAGACAGGGUGGGGAGGGAAGGGUGGGACAGUCUUGUACCUCCAUGCCCUGUGGGUCACCUGCCUGCCCCCAAUGGGCAGUGAGACGGGGGGGCUGGUCAGCGAGAGCUCUACAUUCAGCGCAUGCUUCAUUUCCCUGGAGCGAGGAACAGCUUCAUAUUGGAGCGUUAUAUAGCCACUUGCGUUUGUUCUGUUUGCAACAAAGCGAUUGUAUAUUUGUAUUAUUAUAUAAUGUCCCUCCGUGUACUCUCCGCAAACUCUCGUCUCUUUACUGUGCCCUGGUGUGGUUAUUGUGGAGCCCAGAGUUAAACAUGGCAGGCAGUGAUAGUCUGCCUGCCCAGACCACACAACCAGCCUCCAUCAACCAUCCUCUAUAUACAUCCAAUGUUGCAUUAUUUAUCAAAUCUGGCCCAGAUUCUGUUGGGUACAAACAAUGUCCUACUGGAAUUAAAUGUACAUAGAUUUAAUUUUUUUAAGAAAGAAAUUAAACAAUUUAUUUAUGGACCUGA